AUGCCCGCAUCGUCAUCUUCGGGCAUAAUGCCACAACAACCCAGACUUCCCAUGGAAUCAACAACAACGCUCGCACUGGACGUAGCAGAGGGAUCUCUCUUCAAGGAUGGCUUCUUAGCUUUUAAUGACCCACUGGUUGGGGAAGGUAUCGCGGAGGUGGAGAAGAGAGGCUUCCCAUACUUCACGGCAUACGGCUCGGAUUUCUGCGAAGAGUUCGCCUUUAAUAAGCGCAUCCGCUCCAUCUUCGAAGCCUCCUUCGAAAAAUGUAGCCUUGGUCAUUGGCUAAGAUAUGGGGAAUUUCCUGGAAAUGUUAAAUGCUUUAAGAGGGGCGGUCCAAAGGCCGGUCGCUACGUUCUGAUGGUUCAUUCGUGGGCCAAAGGAUCGCAAGUAGCAUAUUAUGUCGGUUCGCACCAUCAUAACAUAACAACUUCGAGGGACAAUCGGUCUUUAUAUGAGAUACCGCUUUCUAAGCUUAAUCGUGUCGGCUCUAAGCCUAAGCACAAAGAGUCCCCAGAUAGUAGUUCGUAA